AUGGGUGAUGCCCGGUUGCCCGGGGGCUGGGCGCGCAAAAGUUUGACCAAGUACUGUACGUGGUACAUCGUCAACGGAUGGCUACCGCAUGAAGAGCCAGUCGUUCUUUGUCCUUCCAUGACCUGCAUCUUGCUACAAGGUGUUGGCAACAUUGGACACGAGCUGGGACAGAUUUCUUCGGCGAUGGGCGCCCAGGCGGGGAAGAUGGAAGAUGGGGUGGGCGAGGAGCAGUGA